AUGGCAGACGCACCCGCCCCCCCCUCCGGCGGAGAACGCGGCAGAGGUGGCUUCGGCUCCCGCGGCGACCGUGGCGGCGACAGAGGACGAGGCCGUGGCCGGGGCCGUGGCAGGCGCGGCGGCAAGACCGAGGAGAAGGAGUGGCAGCCGGUUACGAAGCUGGGUAGACUCGUCAAGGCUGGCAAGAUCAAGAGCAUGGAGGAGAUUUAUCUGCACAGUUUGCCGAUCAAGGAGUAUCAGAUUGUGGAUUUCUUUCUGCCGAAGCUUAAGGAUGAGGUUAUGAAGAUCAAGCCCGUCCAGAAGCAGACCCGCGCUGGUCAGCGCACGCGUUUCAAGGCCAUCGUCGUCAUCGGCGACUCCGAGGGCCACGUCGGCCUCGGCAUCAAGACCUCCAAGGAAGUCGCGACCGCUAUCCGCGCCGCCAUCAUCAUCGCGAAGCUCAGUGUCGUGCCCAUCCGGAGAGGCUACUGGGGUACCAACCUUGGUGAGCCGCACUCGCUGCCCACCAAGGAGAGUGGAAAGUGUGGAUCCGUCACUGUCAGGCUCAUCCCCGCACCCCGCGGUACCGGCCUCGUCGCCUCCCCCGCCGUCAAGCGCCUCCUCCAGCUCGCAGGUGUGCAGGAUGUCUACACCGCUUCAGCAGGCUCGACCAAGACGCUCGAGAACACCCUCAAGGCUACAUUCUCGGCUGUCGCGAAUACCUACGGCUUCCUGACACCCAAUCUGUGGAAGGAGACGAAGCUGCAGCGGAGCCCGUUGGAGGAGUACAGCGAUGUGCUGAGGGAGGGCAAGAGGUACUAG